AUGGAGUCGUUGCAUGCGCGUGUGGGCGCCACCAAGACGGACAUGCUGGCCAGCGUUGUGGCGCCGGCUCCCCUUACCCCGCCUCCACUAUCGCCUCCCACAGCUCCAACGUGGCAGCUCCCAGCACCGUUGCUCCGCUGCGGGUACCUCAAUCGCUAUCGGCCAUGGGCAAGGGUAUGGGAACGCACAUGGCACCGUCGCUAUUUUGUGCUGGCGGACGACCUAUUGAUGGCGUGGGAGUCGGAGAGGGACACGGAGCAUCGCCCCGAGGAGGCCGUGCUGCUGCACUCGUGCGUCGUCGCGCUUGAGGGCGCCAAGCCCGACGGCUUCAGCGCCACCAAUUUCUUCAUCUUCCGCCUUGAGGACUCGCAGGGCAACAUGCUGCUCCGCUUGAGCUCCAGAGACGAGGCAGAGGUUUACAACUGGAUGCUUGCCUUGCAGGCGGCAGGGUGCUGUGCGCCCACAUCGUCGUGCACUGCGCCACACUUGCAUCAGCACCACGCCACAGGCACCGCAAAGGGAAUGGCGGGGUCGAUGAGAGCGGAGGAGGUGGCAGGGGAGGCGUCAGAGGCGUCGGCGGGCGAGGUGACGAGCAGCAGCUCGUCCGUUGAGCGCGCUGACAGCUUCGCUGCCUCUCUGCGCCACGCCCCGCUGCAUGCCACUUCACAUGGCAGGGAGGGCGCAUGGCCGGGCGGGGUUGGCGCGGCAUGGGCGCAGCAGGGGGCGGCAGGCUAUGGUAGCCACAGUGAAGCGGCAGUGGUGCGCCGUAGGAAGGGCAGGGACGAGGGCGACAGCAGGAGCUCGUGCCAGCAUGAGCAUGGGCGUUCGGGGCAAGGAGAGGAGGGUGAGCAGCGAGUGAGGAAGGCUGGAGAGAGAAGGGGGGUGCCAUGGGUGUGCGCACCGGCUCACAAGCAUGUGAGGGAAAGCCCAUUGAGCUCCGUUGCCAUAUUCCAACAGAGCCAUGCAGGGCUGUUCAACUUGUGCAUCGUGCUGCUGGUGGCGGUGAACAGCCGCCUCAUCAUUGAGAACCUCAUGAAGUAUGGCAUCCUGGCGCGCUCUAGCUUCUGGCUUUCCAGCAGCUCGCUGCGCGAAUGGCCUCUGCUCAUGUGUGGGCUGAGUCUGGCAGCGUUCCCCCUAAUGGCGCUCUGCAUUGAGAAGCUGCGCGCACACGGCUACAUCACUGAACAGGUUACGGCAUUUUUGCAUGUUGUCAACAUUGCAGGAGAGUUUUUUUACCCGGCUAUUGUCAUCAACAGGGUGCAUUCUCAGCCCCUGGGCGGCUUUCUGCUAAUCUUUGUGGCGGUGACGGUGUUCAUGAAGCUCAUCUCGUACGCGCACACGCUGCAUGAUGUGCGCAAGAAGCUGUCUGAAGGCCAUCAGCUGGUGCCUGCGGCAGGGGCGCCGGUGGUGCAGUACCCUCUGAACCUCACAGUGGGCAACCUCUGCUACUUCAUGGCUGCGCCCACCCUCUGCUACCAGCUGGGGUACCCUCGAGCACCGCAUGUGCGCAAGGGGUGGCUGCUGCAGCAGGUGGUGAAGCUACUGACGUUCACAGGGCUCGUGCUCUUCAUCAUUGAACAGUACAUCAACCCCAUAAUCAAGAACAGCCAGCAUCCCCUCAAGGGCCACUCUCUCUACAGCAUAGAGCGCGUCCUGAAGCUGUCCAUCCCCACCCUCUACGUGUGGCUUGGCAUAUUCUUCUGCUUCUUCCACCUCUGGUUGAACAUCCUGGGCGAGUUGCUGUGCUUUGGGGACAGGGAGUUCUACCGCGACUGGUGGAACGCCAAGACCAUAGAGGAGUACUGGAAGCUGUGGAACAUGCCUGUGCACCGGUGGAUGGUGCGCCACAUCUACUUCCCCUGCCUCUCCAUCGGCCUCACCAAGCCGCUCGCAGUGUUCGUGGUGUUCUUCCUCUCAGCUGUCUUCCACGAGGUGCUGAUUGGAAUUCCCUGCCACAUGUUUCGCCUCUGGGCCUUCCUUGGCAUGAUUUUCCAGAUUCCCUUGGUCUGGAUCACCAACUAUCUUUACCAAAAGUUUCAAAAUCCAAUGGUGGGCAACAUGCUCUUCUGGUUCUUCUUCUGCAUUGUGGGCCAGCCCGCAU